GUACGCACAUAGAUAAGGUACAUCAUAAUUCGUACUACUGUAGGACGCAAGUCGGGCAAGCCACGCGCAUGCAUUUGACGGAUGGUUCAAUGUUUGUUUUAGUUCCGGCCCCACUAUCACUUUAUCAAUUUAUCGAUAAGCUUAACAGAAAAAAAGUUCCCGUUGCAGAUCGCGAAUUGAAUUGAAGACAUCCUCUAGUGGCCAUUUUCACAAGCAUCACAUACUUCAACAAACAAUGGCAGCUGUAUAUAAGUCGCUGUCCAAGGGGACCAACAGCCAGAAGGCUGAAGCCCCUGCUAAUGGCAUCCGAAAAAACAAGCAAAAAGUUUUAAUACUCUCCUCCAGAGGUGUCACUUACAGACAUCGACAUUUACUUAAUGAUCUCGCGGCUAUGCUUCCCCAUGGCCGAAAGGACGCAAAAUUAGAUACGAAGUCUAAGCUUUACCAGCUCAACGAGCUUGCGGAACUUUACAACUGCAAUAAUGUGCUGUUUUUCGAGGCGCGAAAAGGCAAGGAUUUGUACGUGUGGUUGAGCAAGGUUCCUAAUGGACCUACGGUGAAAAUGCAUCUUCAGAAUUUACAUACGAUGGAAGAGUUACACUUCACAGGCAACUGUUUGAAGGGUUCAAGACCAGUUCUCUCCUUUGAUGCCGCUUUCGAUAAGGAGCCUUACCUAAAAGUCAUCAAGGAGCUUUUCCUUCACACAUUCGGCGUGCCCCAAGGCGCGAGGAAAUCCAAGCCUUUCAUAGACCACGUUAUGGGGUUCACAUUUGCAGACGGAAAGAUAUGGGUGCGCAACUACGAAAUCAAAGAGUCAGAAGCGCCAAAGGUGCAGGACGGAGAGAUGGAGGUGGAUUCUAAGCUUUCCAAGAGCCGAAACAAGGAACUCGACGUGAGCUUGGUAGAAAUUGGCCCGCGAUUCGUGCUCACCCCUAUCGUCAUCCAGGAGGGCUCCUUCGGCGGACCGAUCAUCUACGAGAACAAGGAGUUUGUCUCACCGAACCAGGUCCGAGCCGACUUACGAAGAAAACAGGCUUUGAAGUACCACGCCCGUGCAGAGCAGCAAGUGGAGAGACUGGCGAAGAAGGGAGAUCUGGGACUGCGGACGAACGGUGGCAAGCCGGCUCCAGUGGACGCGUUGGACACGAAGGAGCUGUUCGCUUAACUAACUUAGAUGUUGUAACUUACUAUUGGCGUUCUGGCGUUCCCUAUGACACCCAGGUAUCUUCAGAUAGGUAUUCUCUAGCACAUAUGCUAGUUUUAAGCUGAACUAAUACCCUGCAACAACUAACUAACUACCUCGUCUUCGUUAUAGUCUUCGUUAUGGAAAAAAAAGUACUUGUUUAACAGUUCAUUGUAUCUUGAUCAUCAGUUUCUAUUUACCUCAGUUAACUAGUAGUAACCCAAAGGUAGCGUAUGUUGAGCACCAUGGCGUUUAAUAUUAUUCUUUCUCUAUGAUUAUUUAGUUUGUUUCUUGAAUUGACAAUCCAGUUUGCAAAUGCUCCUGUAAGACUUUGAAUUGUGAAAUGAGUUAACGGUUGUGACGUUUGGCAUUAGGUUAGGUAUUAACUUGUAUUCCCAGCUGGCUGCAGAAGAAUCUUGCUGUAGUAAUAAAUGUUACCUACUUACACACAAGCAGGUUGAAUUUAUUAGGUACCUACAUUAGGUACAUGUAUUAUAUGAUAAGCCCAUGUAGGACGGGAAAGUACGAUAUCCAUUUACACC